GUUGCUAGCUGUGUUAGCCCAGUGUGCUAACUGCCAGCUAAAGUUUCACUUUCUGCCCGUCAGGAGGAUCCGCUCUGGGACGAGCAGGACUUCCCUGGAAACGAAACCAGAAGUGGUCGCGCUCGUGUAUGACGCUAGCUUCGGCGGCUAGCCCCCCGCUAGCAUGGACAGCGGCGGAAACAUGCAGAGCAACGAGGAGAGGAGCGUGGAGAGAGCCAUGGAUAACUACCUGAAAUCCAUCGGUCUACACAGGAAAAAGAUCGCCAAGGACGGGUCGUGUUUGUUCCGGGCCGUGGCCGAGCAGGUGCUGCACUGCCAGAGUCUCCAUACUGAGGUCCGGUCCAAAUGUGUGCAGUUCCUGAAGGAGAACCGGGACAGUUAUGAGGCGUUCAUUGAAGGAAACUUUGAGGAGUAUCUGUUGAAGCUUCAGGACCCGCAGCAAUGGGUGGGAGAGGUGGAGAUCAACGCGUUGGCCAUCAUCUACAAGAGGGAUUUUCAGAUCUUCCAGGAACCUGGAAGACCAGCCGUCAACAUCACAGACAACAACUUUAAGGACAAAGUGCAGUUGUGUUUUCUGAAUGGGAAUCAUUACGACAGCGUUUAUCCCAUCAACCGCAUCAAGAACUCUGGUGUUUGUCAGUCCAUUUUGUACGAGCUGCUGUACGACGGCGUCUUCAAGGUGGAGCGCGGCGCUCUGGCUCCGUGUCAGCGGAGCAGCCGACCCAACGACUUCCUGAGCGACGACGCCAUGUACCCCUACGGCAGCAGCGACGAGUCCGAGCCCGACACCGGGGAGCCGCUGUGGGUCCAGGCUGAGACCAGCACUGCCUCCUCCAGGUCCAGCAGCCACGGGUACAGGGGUCGAGGUCGUUGUCGACAGCUUCCUGAGAGAGUGAGACGCUCUCUGAACCCAACUCUGCUCCGAAAUGUUCAGUACGACAUCUGGCAGAAGAGCAAGAAAGCCCAGCAUAAGAUGGAUUAUUCCAUCGCUGCAGGGAUGCAGUUUUCUGUCGGGGAUCGCUGUCAGGUUCGUCUGGAGAGCGGUGGGCGGAGCUACAACGCCACCAUCAAAGACGUUCCUUCCACCAGCGGCCCGGUGACGGUUUAUAUAGACGAGCUGGGGACACGACAGGUCGCUCUGUGGAGCCUCCGCCCCCCCAUCACUGAAAACAGCUGGAGCACCGUCGUGCGAGAGAAGAGGCUGAACAACGGACACGGAGACUGGGAGGACCGAGGGAAAGGACGAGGACGGGGGAAGUCCACCUCAGCAUCGUCAUCCUCCGUGUCCCAGGCUCCGCCCCCUGGCUCCGGCGGGCGUGUGCAGAAGCAGCACUCGUGGCCCCCUCAGGCCGCCGUGGAGGAGAAGGGGGAGGGCAAACCCAGCAGGAAGUCCAUCGACUCCGAGGAGCCGUCCCUCCUGUCGAAGGCGGAGCGUUUGGCUGAAGAAGAAGAGCUCAGAUCAGCGCUGGUGGCCAUCCAGCUCCAGGAUGAGAACAGCUUCCCCGCCCUGGGAACUCAGGCUGUCACGCCGGCUGAAGGAGGGAGGAGGAAGUCAGGAGAGAAGAGGAGGUCACAGAGGAGCAAGACGAAGAGUCCAGAUGAAGACGUCGUGUCGACGCCCCCUGAUGGAGAGAAACUAAAGUCCUCCACUCCUCCUCCUCGUCCUCCUGCAGCCACCACUUUACCUGUUGGCCCCGCCCCUCCUCCUGAUAAAGCUGCUGACUCUGUUGGGCGGAGCUCUGUCAACCCUGUGGCUUCAGGCCCCGCCCCCAGCGCCCCGCCCACUAAACCCAACGCGCAGUCCUACGCCUCGGCCGCCGCCGCUCCAACUUCUCCUCCGAACGUGAAAUCCUCCGUCCCGUCCUCCGCUGGCAUCUUCUCCUUCAUCACCCCGGUUCUCCCCGCCGCUUCAACUCCCCCCGCCUCCUCUUCAUCUCCUCCUCCUCUUCCCCCCUCAUCUUCAGCUCCUCGGCUGACCUUCAUCGCCCCCAUCGCUCCGUGUCCCGCAGUCGCUCCAGGCUUCCUGCGUUCCUUCUCCCCCGUCACCACUCUGCCUCCCUCCCCCAGUCCUCCCCCCUCCUCAUCAUCAUCAGCUGUUCCUCCUCAAGCUCCUCCUGCUACAAGUGUUUUACUGAAACCUGAAGCGUCUCGAUGUGAGACUCUGGGGUCUCAGACUGGUCCCAACGUGGCUCAGGAGGACAGACCACCACAGCUCAGUUUACAUCAGGUCCAGACCCAAAGUCAGGACCUGCAGAACCAACACCUGACACCUCAGAACCAGACCCAGGUCCAUCAGAACCAGACCCAGGUCCAUCAGAACCAGACCCAGGUCCAUCAGAACCAGGCCCAAGUCCAUCAGAACCAUCUUCCUCAGUUACCUGCCCUCCCUCAGGCCCUCCCCGGGACCUUCCCUGUACUUCAGUUGUUCCAUGACCCCCUGUACCCCGGGUUCCCCCAGGGGGAGAACGGCGAGGUCCAGCAGAUCCCCCCAUUCUCCACCAGCAGGGUGGGAGACGACCUGCCGAAAGAUAUAAACGUCCUGAGAUUUUUCUUCAACCUGGGCGUGAAGAGAAAAUACAUUUACUGUGACAGUACAGCGUGA